AUCCGUUUGGACUUUUCUCGCUCAUUGAGCAGUUUGGUUCAAUCAUGGCGGUGCAUGCUAAAGCGACUCCGCCACAGAUUCCUGAUACCCGCCGUGAGCUCGCAGAGCUGGUGAAGAGAAAACAAGAGCUUGCGGAGACUCUGGUGAAUUUGGAAAGACAGAUCUAUGCGUUUGAAGGCAGUUACCUGGAGGACACUCAGAUGUAUGGAAACAUCAUCAGAGGAUGGGACAGAUAUUUGACCAAUCAGAAGAAUUCCAACAGCAAGACUGAUCGGAGGAACAGAAAGUUCAAGGAAGCCGAACGUCUCUUCAGCAAAUCCUCCGUAACGUCAGUGGCGGCUGUUUGUGCUCUCGGUGGAAUUCCCGAUCACAUGAAUGAGAAGCGUGAGCCAGGCAGUGGAACGGAGAGCGACACGUCCCCUGACCUCCAGAACCAGGAGAACGAACCCAGCCAGGAGGACACGGAGGAAGCGGACGGAGCCCUGCAGGACCUAAAACCCCAGAAAGCCGCUUCAUCGUCUUCUGGUAGCCAUCACAGCAGCCACAAGAAACGCAAAAACAAGAACAGACACAGCCCCUCUGGCAUGUUUGAUUAUGACUUUGAAUUUGACAUGAAGAUGAACAAGAAACCAAGAGCGGAUUACUCGGCUUGAAUAGACCUGGCAUUCAUCUUCAGAAGCAGUCCAGCACUUCUGGAUCUUUCCCUGCUAUUCUGUGCUCAUAGUGAAGCUCCCAUGUGAUUUUAUUGUGUGAUCCACCUGUUACUGCAUGAUGUGUGUUGCAAAUGCGACUUUCCAGCAUUUCUGUACCUCAUAAUGCUUGGCUUUUUUUAUUUAUGACGUCACAUGAAUGAUGUAUCAGUGGAUCUUAACCCUUUUCAUUCUCUACUUGGAAACCAUUUAGUUUUGUUUUUAUUUGUAUAGCUAAUGUAAAAAGUUGGUCGUUGUCAUUUUUUGUUGUUUAUUACCAUCUUGUUUUUGAAUAAAAGUGAAAACACAGUGA